AUGGAGUCGGCGAAAUCGAAGCCCAAAUACCGCAACCCGAUGAAGAAACCUGUGUCCGUCACGAUGGAGCAUGUUCUAUUGGCGUUACGAGAGACCAACGAGGAUAGGGAGAUUCGGAUUCGCAGUUUGUUCGAUUUCUUCGACAAUUCGAGCCUAGGGUUCUUAGACUACGCUCAAAUCGAGAAGGGUCUGGCUUCGCUUCAGAUUCCUCCCGAGUACAAGUACGCUAGGGAUUUGUUCAGAGUCUGCGACGCGAAUCGAGAUGGGCGCGUUGAUUACCAGGAAUUUCGUCGCUACAUUGACGCUAAGGAGCUUGAGCUUUACAGGAUUUUCCAGGCCAUUGAUGUCGCACACAAUGGCUGCAUUUUGCCAGAGGAGCUAUGGGAGGCUCUUGUUAAAGCCGGUAUGUGA